AGCAUAAUAUUCUAUUCAAGUCAUAUGCUUAUUAUUUUAACUUAAAACUUAAUACCAAGGAGGAUAUAUAUAAGUUAACUUAAACUUGAUUAGAGUACAAUAUUAUGCCAACGAUACUCUACACAUUAAGUCGUUAAGGUAACUAAAAAAAACAUUCUCAUAUAUUUUUUAGUCAAUUAAUUUUGUACUUGAAAACCGAUCAUUUUGAAUAUAUUAUUAUAAUCUCAUACGAAUUAUACUUAACAAGUCUUUUUUCACAAUACAGUUACGAUGUUCAAAAACGCUAUGCGUCUGAUUUCGACUGGAUUGAGAUGUAUGCAAGGUCCAUCACGUGUAUGUAGCUCAUCGUUGAUCAACGGUGACACAUUUUCACGUAUGGGUGAAAGCGUGCGACAGUUUUCCAUCCAAAACUCCGUGAACGCCCAAUAUAAACCACAGGUUUCCAGUACCAGCUCACCACCUAUAGCGAUUAACGGGUUCGGCCGGAUAGGCAAAUGCGUUCUCCUGAAAGCCCUUCAAGAAAACAUGAACGUGGUCGCAAUCAACGAUCCGGGCGCACAAAUAGAGAAGAUCGCCUCCUCUUUAGCAUACGAAACGGUGCCGAAUGGGAUGUUUGAGGGAAACGUUAGCGUAAAGGGUGAUGGCUCUCUGGAAAUUGACGGCAAAACCGUACGUGUAUAUACAGAAGAGGACCCCGAAAAGAUCAGAUGGAAUGAGUUAGAUGUUGAGUACGUUAUAGAAACGAGCGGAAAAUUCACAGAAAUUGAAAAAGCCAAGAAACACUUGGCGGCGGGUGUCAAAAAAGUUAUUGUCGCCGGCCCAUGUAAAGAUGCGCCGAUGUUUGUAAGCGGCGUCAACUUCGACAAAUAUAAAAAAGAAAUGACAGUGGUGUCGAACGCAUCGUUUACAACGAAUUGUGUGGCGCCAGUAAUAAACAUCAUCAACCAAAAAUAUGGCGUUGAGAACUGUCUACUGAUAUAUCUAGGCAGCUUUACCAAUUCCCAGCAACGUCCCGAUGGACUUCAGCACGUGAGGAGCUAUUUUUUUAUGGUUAUAAAUAACAACAUGUAUUUUUGUCGACUAUUUUAUUACGAAUGUCGUAACUCGCGAUUUACCUGCAUAUUGCCAUUUACCUACUUAUUUACCUACCUAUAUAUUGCAUAUUAAAAGGCCGUUAUGUUGUCACAAAUCACGAUUAAAUUUAAAAACAAAAAAAAUUUACUACCUACGCGCCCUCUUAUAAUAAAUAAUAAACGAGCUGUAACAAUGGUUAUGAUUUUGAAUGUCAGAAGUCGGCCUUAGGAAACAAAAAACCCAGCACAACACUCGUCGCAAAAGAAGUGUGUAUCGUAAUACCGGAGUUACAAGGAAAAGUGACUGGUGACUCGAUAACAGAGCAUGACUUGAGCGUUUCAGUGCUUGGUAAUGAUUCUAAAUUUCAGAGGUGGGCAAAACCACUCAACUAUAUUAGUGCCAGGCUUAACUGGAUACUGAGUAUCUUCGCACGGAAUAAAAUGGAAAAAGAGUUUGUUGGCUCGACGAGAACGCCCGAGAUCCAAUAUUCAGUGCUAAAACUCAAAUUAACGUAACGUAUAAUAUACAUUUAAUCGUAUAAUAAUAAUAUGGUAAGCGCAGUAGUCAAAGUAAACUUUGAACUUAAGAAUUCUGAAUUUAGUAGCUAAAAAUAUUACGUUAUAAUGCGAUAGAUAUGGGUACGCACGGAAAUGUGUGUUGUAAGGCUAAUACAAUAAUAAUUGUAUUAAAUUAUUAUUGUAUUAACCUUACAACACGCAUUUUAAAAUAAUGAAAAUAAUGAGUGAAGUCCGGGUGUAUAUAUAUAUAAUUACCUAUCCUACUGUGCAUCGCAAAUUAUAAAACUAUGUACAGAUACUUUGCGCCUUAAAAACGUUUGUGCAUACUUAACCAAAAAUCAUUUCUGAAAUGUAUUUUUCUAGUUGAUUCAAACUUGUCUUUAUAUUUACAGAGUUAAAAAACCAGUGAUACUUAAGGAAUUGAAGUAUCCAAAACUCUGGGAGUAUGACCUGAUAUCUUAUAAAGAUAAAGAUAAACAAGCUGUCCGUUAUUUUGUUUACGGUUAUCCUUCUGGUAUGAUUUUGUUAGACAAGAUUUUGGUUACAGACGACAAGUUCGUGAAAAUUAUUGUGGCGUGUGACUACGUGAGGGGAUAUUCAAAAAGUCUAUUGGACAUGUACAAUCACAUGGUCAAAGUGGACAAAGGGAAACCGGGAUGCUGAUUCGAUAAAAUAGCUAUCGUCGAAAGCCACCUAGCGUCCAAGUCUACUUACGCCAGACAUCUAUUAUGAGUGAAAAAGUAAUCACAAUUGAUUUAUGGUUAGAUGACGAAAAAGUAUAUGCUAAUGGACUAUUGGAUCUGUAUAAACAUAUAUCCAUUGAAGACCAUGGGGAUUCGUCUCGAAGAAGGCAAUUUUUUAUACGAUACUUCGUAUAAAAAAUGUAUUUCCAAAGUAGUUGCAGAUGAAUUGGCACAAAGUAUUUUUGGAUAGGCAAGUCAGUAAAAAUAUUAAAUUUCUCGUUUAAAAUAUAAUGCAUGUGUUUUAGUGCAGUGGCGCAACCAGGAUUUAUUCAAGGGGGGGGAGGGUCCA